AUGUAACGGGGCAAAGCUAAGUAAGACUGUACCAUAUGACAAUAGGCAGAGAUUAGCACGUGAUGGAACAAAAUAAAAGCAAAGUAACCAGGAACUCACAUUCAUUAUCGCUUCCUCUACAGACGACGCGAAGUGCAGCUAAACGAGAGUACACAGGCCAUGAUGUUCGGGAGCUUGCUGUUUGCCGUGUGUUGUAGCGCAGCACUGGCCCAUUUCAACUCAAAUCUAGACCAGCACUGGGAGUUGUGGAAGAAGACGCAUGACAAGUUUUACUCCACUAAGGAUGAGGAUCUGGGCAGGAGGGAGUUGUGGGAGAAAAACCUUGAAAUGAUCACCAUUCAUAACCUGGAGGCCUCCAUGGGGAUGCAUUCAUAUGACCUGGCCAUGAACCACAUGGGUGACCUGACAACAGAGGAGAUCCUGCAAACAUUAGCCACAACUCGUGUCCCUUCUGGUUUUAAGAGGCAAACGGCCGAAUUUGUGGGCUCUUCUGGGGCUCUUGUCCCAGACUCUCUGGACUGGAGAGAGAAGGGAUAUGUCACCAGUGUGAAGAACCAGGGUUCAUGUGGUUCUUGUUGGGCGUUCAGCUGCGUUGGGGCUCUUGAAGGUCAGCUGAUGAAGACCACAGGAAAGCUGGUCGACCUCAGUCCUCAGAACCUGGUGGACUGUACCUCCAGUUAUGGCAACAUGGGCUGCAAUGGUGGUUAUAUUUCCAGAACCUUCCAGUAUGUCAUUGAUAAUGGCGGAAUAGACUCAGAGGCAUCUUACCCUUAUGAAGCAGUGCAAAAGCAGUGCAGAUACAAUCCAGCCCACCGUGCAGCAAACUGCACCAGCUACUAUUUUGUCCGUCAGGGAGAUGAAGAGGCCCUGAAAGAGGCUGCUGCCAACAUUGGGCCCAUUUCAGUGAUCAUUGAUGCCACCCACCCUAAGUUUAUCAUGUAUCACAGUGGAGUUUACAAUGACCCAUCCUGUACCAAAAAAGUAAACCACGCCGUGCUGGUUGUGGGAUACGGUGCGAUUGCUGGACAGGACUAUUGGCUGGUCAAAAACAGUUGGGGUACUGGAUUUGGAGAUGGUGGCUACAUUCGUAUGGCUAGAAACCAGGACAACAUGUGUGGCAUCGCCUCAUACGCCUACUAUCCAGUCAUGUAACUCGAACCCUGUUGAAAUAUGUGAACAUAUCAAAAUAAGAAAUGUACUAUUUUAUAAUCAAAUUUCUUAACUGUAAAUGUGUUCUAUGUGGGGUUUUUUUGUAUUUCCAUUUCUUUUAAACAAAAUUCAAAAUGUAUCUUAUGAGUCUUACAAAAUAAAUAUGGAAUUUUGAAUGUU